AUGCCAGGCGAAUUUUGGAUGAUGGCGGAUCUUUCGUGGUAUAUGCGAGAAGUGAUAGUUUUGUGCAGUGUUUGUUUACUUUAACGUGUUUUCACCUGGUGCAGUUCUUAGUUGUUGUAUGCAUUGAUUCAUUGUGACAACGUAUUGCUUCGGAAUGCAAAUAACAGUAGUCACCCUAAUUAUAUGAAUUUUGACAAAACACCGAAAAAUUUAAAUGUUAUUCGUGUUUGAGAUCAGGAACCUUGCAUCUAAAAUUACAGGUCCGAACGAUAGAUAUUUCGUCUCCGAUUACACCUAAUGGUGCCAUAUUGGAGAUGCUUAAAAUGGCCAUUUCUGCCAUAUUGAUGAUGUGGGUCAAAGCAGAUGGGUGGACUCAGACAUUUCUGUAAUCCCUGAAGUACCAUCUGAAAGAAGCUGGAUAAAUAUUCAGUCACAUCUUGGUUAUCUGACAUGGUAAUAAGUCAAAAUCAGUACCAUUUGAGCUGCAGGAAACUGAAACAUGUAAUACCGACUGUUCAUUAAUCUUGGGAGAACUUACGCUGAAUGAGAGCUGAAUAUGCCCAAUGACAGUGCCAGGCUUAAAGCAUUACUUUCAGAUUUGGGCAGAGCAACACUUCGAGGAGUUCGUAAAUGCCCAAAAUGUGGGACAUAUAAUGGAACAAGAGGUGUCUGUUGCAAGAAUAAGGCCUGUAAUGUUGUAUUCAAGGAAGCUGGUGAGAAAAGGAAGCUUUCAACGGAAGCCUGCAAACUUGUUACAGGAACAACAACACAGGUUUAUUCAGUGCGUGUUCGGGACAAAGGACCUGACUAUCGUGGAUUUGUUCAGCUCCCUGUUGUGCAGCAUGCAACAGAAACAGAUUCCAGUUUAGAAAAUGAAGUGAACUUGAUUACACAGACAUCUGCUUUGUGUUUUGUUGACACUUGUCAGAGAUCAUUUGAUGCCAGUGUCCUCAAGUGUCAUGAAAAGUCUGACACGAUGACAUUAACAACAUGUCAGCACAUCCGUGCUGCAAUGCGUUGUUUCACUGAAGCUGUGCCUCUAGCUUUGAAGGAUUCUGUUCUGACAGCACUGAAUAUCAGCAACGAGAUAAAAGAGGCAGUUUGGUUUCUUGCAAAUGAGUCAGCAGGCCCUCUUGUUCAAAGAGUGUCAAAAAAUAUAAUGGCUGUGAAGUGUAAAGCAAGUCCAAAACAUCCAUUGGGAUAUCUGCAUUUUUCAUUUUUCAUGUCAAGGCUGAAAGAUAGAAUGGAAAAUAAAUAUUUCUGCAGCUGUACAGCAUUUAAGGGUCAAGUAAAACAUGCAAGCAAUAAAGAUGACCCAACAUUCAAGAGAUGUGUGCACUUUUAUGCAUGUAUAUGUGCAUUUGCAAGUGACCCAAAACUUUCAGAUGAAUUUUCGUACUAUAUAAAUUUAGACAAGCCAUUGGUGAUACCUACAUCUCUGACAAGUUCAGAUGAAGACUGUAACAAUCAGAUGGUUACAAUCUUGGCUAGUGGGGUACCUUGUGAAGUGGAAGUACAAGUGCUAAGAAAUGACGCCACUCUCUUGGAUGCUUCCAGUAUUCCAGUUUCUGAUGACACUCUGGCAGAGGUACAUAGUUUGGAUGUACUUCAAUCUGACCCUGUCGAAGUACAGAUACGUGAUAUUGACGCAGUUGGAGAGCUGACAUUUACUGAGACAAGCUUAUUAGGUGACACCACUGCUCCACUUGAGGUCCUGACAGUGAAACGGAAGCGUGAGGAGCAGACAACACUGCUUGCACUUGUUGAUCAGCCCCCACGUAUAACAGAAAGCUGUGGGAACACUGUUAGUGGAAGUAACUGCAACACUGUCAGUAGCAGAGAGAUAGGCUGUAACACAGCAAAUAGGAGAGGCAGUGCUCCAAAAAUACAGCAGCCUAGAAAACAGACAACAGAAAUUACAGAUCAUAUUGAUGAAACGACGACAAGCUUCUCAUUCACUCAAUGGUUGGCAUCAGUGACAGAAAGGAUAAAUCAAACAAUGCAUUUCCAAUUUGAUGGAAGACCAGAUCCACUUGUUUUUCAUAUACCACAGAAUUUCUUUGAUUGCCUUCGUGAACGUAUUUCAUGUGGUAGUAGAAAAAAGAGGCUACCAAAUUCUACCACAGCAUUCAUCAGAAGACAUUCAGUGCCAAUAGGGACAUUUACAAAAUACACCUGGAACAUUACAAAUAUCAUUCAAGUGAAGCAAAUUUUUGAAACAUCUCUGAUGCCACUGGAAAUAACACGAAGCUUUAUACAGAAUAGGGAUGGUUCAUAUGAACCAUAUCGGCAUAAAAGUGAUGAGAAUGAAAUUUAUAGAAAAACAAAUUGCCAACCUUUGAUUAAGCCUCUUGAACUGAAGACAUUCCUAAAAGUUGGUAAUACUGCACCUGACCAGACAGACCCAACUCCAUUUAUUAUAGAGUGGAUUCCAAAUAUAUUGCCAGAAAGCAGUAUUGGUGAAUUGAGGAUCAGAUUUGAGUUCGGACAUCAACGUAAUGGACAAGUGGAAAAGCAUUUACAAUUAAGGCAAACAUAUUCGAGACUGGAAUCUCGGCUUAAUGAUGACAUCUCAAUAACAAGAGUAGAUGACUGUGGUUUAUUGCCAAUGUGAUACCUCUGUAAAAUGUACAUGUUAAGCGCUUAAGAUCUGCAGAUUAGCUAUUAUACAUUACUGGUACUCAUGAGUAGUAAUUUUACUGUUUUAUAAGAUUUUCUGAAGUAUACUUAGUGAGAUGUAUGUAAUUCUUUGGGAAAGUAGUGUGGAUAGAGAAACCAUAAUCAAGGCCACUCAGCUGUGAUAAUGCUAUACUUUUUAUGCACCAUAGUUUAAAUGUGUUACAGAAGGGGAACUGCCAGUGUAAUUUUGUUAUUACUUAUUUUAGUAAAGAAUUUUGCAGCUUUUGCGUUGUUAUAUAUGUUUAAAAAAUUGUGGCUUUUUGUGAUACUUUCAAAUUACAAUUAAAGUUGAAAAAAGUGUGCUUUUUUGGUAGAUAAUACUCACUAUGAAGACUUGAAAAUAUUAUAGUGUAUGUUUGUUAAAUGGCUUGUCAGUGAGGGUGUGAGACUAAGUAUGUACCACUAAAUAGAAGCCAUGCAAAAAUGUGCAUACUGCCGUACAAUACCAGUCACAGUGAAUAUUGUUUCAAUGAUGAUAAUUGUGAGUCAUAUGAUUAAUACAUAAUAAAAAUGUGGGGUCUUUCUAA